UAGCGGAUCGUUACCUCCUGGCUCGCCCAAGAAUUGGGCGGAACCUACUACGCACGCCUCUCGUGCACGGUUAUCAACCGCUGGCGUAACAGUACCACCCGCGAUUCGACCCGAUCCUCUCCAGCGGGCCCAUGAAAGUCAGCCUCAACACAACACAAUUCAUCGUCUAGCUAGCCCUCCUCAUUGACUGAUUGUCUUCCGCUGUUGGUCCGAGCUCAGCAUCGAACAUAUCACACUCCAUACAUUGUUUUGCGCCUUUGGCUACCCUCUUCUUGGCUGUCAGCGAGCCCCGACUGAACUGGGAAUUUCUCGCAAACCAAGUUGUACCUACCUGGGUACUCCUGAUGUGCAGCAAACCCUAUUAGCAGAUCCUGUAACCAAAUUACUGCAGCAAUUCGCACGCGUCGAGUCGAGUCGCCUGUGGUUGACCCCUCUCUUCUUGGCUGGGGCGGCGGAUCCAUUCUACCUACAUUCUCCACACCAGCCUGUACACGCCGCCUAGGUCUGAAUGACUGUCUACCACCACCUGCUCGGCUGUAUUUUUUAACGUACAUGCAGAGGAGACAUCAGCCUCUCUGCUUCCUUCAAACAGUAAUACUACUGCUCGCCCGCGCUGGAGGUGGCUGUCAAUCCCUCACCGUACCGAAGGUGACGGAAUCAACAGGUUUCCGUUGCGGCUGAGAAAAAAGCCCGCUUCGCUUGAGAGCUUUCGACGAUACUCCGCCGUUUUCUGCAAACGAGGGCAACUUUCUGGAUAGGUUGGGGUGAAGUUGAUAAGAGUCUGAUUGAUUCACGUCUCAACGACCAGACAUCGACAAGUAUUUCGGACGAGGCUCUACAUAUUUGCAGUGGACACCGCCGAUUUCUCAGUCUUCUUCCGGUGUCGUUCGCUUCGCUACUCCGGUAGUCAACCAAAAUUUACGUUGACCAGAACUGCGGACUGUGCGACACAAACAACCCCACAAUACCAUAUUUUCAACGAACAAUCUUUGUGAAGCGUCCUUCUGUCCCCGCUAGCCACCAUGCCCUGCUUCAAGGGUAUCGCGGUUAGCAUUCACGCGAAUGGUCCGAUCCCAGAGCAUGGCAUCGUAAAGCAAUCUCGGGCUUCGAGGGUCACGUCGUACAUCCCGGUGCCUGAGCCGACUUUGAACCCGGAGACAAGCGCUCAAGAGCCAGCCAAGUUCGCCAUAUCCAUAACGCUCCUUACUAAGGGCCUCCAGAUCCCGUAUUCAACCCCGCCACCGACAGCCGAUGAUCCCUACCCGAAGCCACGUAUAGUCGGCGCCCCCGGCCAGAAUGGCAGUGUCAGCCCAUACAUACCGCUCACCUCAUCUGAGAACGAGACGAUAGCUGCUUAUAUCUAUUUUGAUGGGCGAGCCAAAGAGGAGGUUGCGACUCUUUUGAGGCCAGGGGAGGAGACCUGGGUUAACAGUCGCUGGGUGCAGGUGCCGGAAUCCGAAGGUGGAGGCCUCGCAGAGAGGGAGUUUCUGUUUCGUGAGGUCGCUCUUGAGAGGUGGCUCAACGGUCUCGACUUGAAGGGUCACGAUGCUGCUGAUAAGCUCGAGAGGCGGAAGCACAAGUACGAGAGGCGACAACGCCGUCAAGAAAAGGCGGCGGCUGCUGCCGAAAACGGAGGAGUACGCAGCACUUCGCCCAUGGACUCGGACUCGGAGAACUCGUCGGCUGAAUCAGAUGACGAAAUACCCGAGGCUGCGGGCCAGAUCAAGGUGGCCAUGUUCCGCGUGCUGGCGUCUGGUGAAAUCAAGAAGGGCGAAUACUCUCCGCAGUUCGACGCACAUGACGAUGACGACGAUGAUGGGGCGGGUGGGAACCAAAACGGCUCAGGGGUCGGGGCGGAUGUUGAACACACCACCAGCUUUGCCAAGCCUAAAACGCUUGACCCUAAGACUAUCAGCACCCAGACGGUUACCGGCAUUGAUGGUCCUGACAAACCAUACGCUACUUUUACCUUUUUCUACCGCGGAAAACGCCAACUGGAAAAGAUGGGCGUUCUCCCGUCAUCCAAGACGCAGGCAACACCAUCCAGUGCCGUGAAGCGGAGAUCUGCCCAAAUUGAGCUUCCCAAACUGGGACCUCUCAAGACUGGUGGCACUGUAGGCUUUUCUGCUUUCCGUGACAACGACGCGGAUACGGCAAGGCGAAGGAAAUCCCGCAAGAAGUCCAUUGCUGGUAGUCCCAGCACCGGAGUUGCCGCUGCCAUGGCAGCAGCAGAUUCCGACAGUGACGCGGAUGAAGAUUCGAUUGCAACUAAAAUGGAAGAUACGGACGAAAAGGAUGUCAUCCAGACUGGAGCCACCCUCAAUCCCGAUGAAGCCAAAUUUUCAAGGGAGCUUGCAGACGGUGUCGAAAGGAUUCACCUUAAGAGGGCGCGGUCCGCAGACCCGGAUAGCGCUGCUGCCAACCCGGUCAAGACUGAAAACCAGCAGCCAGCAAGCCAGUCGAACACGCCAGACAACAAGUCCCUGCUCGAGAGCUUGUCGCCCGUUCCUUCCACUAGCGCAACCUUUGGCGGUAGCGCCUUCAACAACAAGAAUAUCCCGGAUGAUGCGAUCGUGGGUAGUCCACUCAAGAAGCAACGAGCCCUUAGUGGGCCUGAUGCCGAGAAGCUAUCUCAAGCUGCAGGCCUGGGGAGCAUACUUGCCCAAGUUCAAGCCGGACAGACCCCACCAGCCAGUUCAGGUCUACAGCCGUCGGCUAUGAAGCAGGAAGACGAAGAAGAGGAACUUUAAGUGACAUCUUCGUCUUUAUAAUUUCAGUAUCCACAGGCGUCUGUAGUAGAAAGAUGAGUAGCUGUUGCUGCUCAAUGAUCCCCACGAAAAACAUGGCCGAAUUCGAAUGCAUAUUGUCUUGUUGCACAAGUCACAUGGUGACACCUCGCUGCAGGAUAUCGCAGCCCAUUUCGGGUAUGCGCUGGUCAAGAAGGAUGCGAGAAUCGUCAUGUGGAAUGGCACACGGUUGUACAGUUGUACAUGGGCGAAUACCAUUGGAAUCUUCGAGCCAGUACUUAGAGUCUCUUAUGAGCAGCAACUCGAAGCCAGGCGAGGCGACUUGACGGUCAAGUGCUUUCAAGUGGGUUUUUGGGUUGGGGUACAUCGGCUUUGAUGCUGUCAGAGAGAAUCUUAUUCGUCUUCAUACCUCCAGAAGCAAGAAGUCUUCAUCGGUUCACAUUUAUUAGGUGCCGACGCCUUUGGGAACGUAGAAUUAUCCUAAUUCGCCUUUGUUUCUGUAGGUUUAGACAGCACCACACCCGCCCGUAGGAGCCGAGUAGUCCAUGCGGCAACAUCAACACGUCCGAUGUUACGCCACUUUCAUUGCCUUCUUUAGUAUGGGAUGAUAUUAUGAUUUAUUUUACUGUUGACCGUAGUAUUCUAUAUGGAUACAAACCUUAGAUGACCGUGAGACGACCGACCCGGCAGACUAGGUCAGAUCGCCGGAACCCACACUCCGUCUUCUGUUCACAUAGCACUUGAAUCAACCUAUUUUCCCAG